AUGCUCCGGCUCCUGGCGCUGUUGCUCCCGCUGCUACCGCCGCCCGCGCGCGCCCGGGAGCCCUCCGCGCAGGACGUGAGCCUGGGCGUGGACUGGCUGACCCGCUAUGGCUACCUGCCGCCACCUCACCCUGUCCAGGCCCAGCUGCAGAGCCCUGCAAAGCUGUGGGAUGCGAUCAAGGUCAUGCAGAGGUUUGCGGGUCUGCCGGAGACAGGAGUCCUGGACCCUGUGACAGUGGCCACCAUGCAUAAGCCCCGCUGCUCCCUGCCUGAUGUGCUGGGGGCGGCGGGGCUGGUCAGGCGGCGCCGCCGGUAUGCUCUGAGUGGCAGCGUGUGGAAGAAGCGAACCCUGACGUGGAGGGUAAACUCCUUCCCCCAGGGCUCAGUGCUGAGCCAGGAGACAGUGCGGACCCUCAUGCACCAUGCCUUGACCACCUGGGGUGUUGAGUCAGGCCUCGAAUUCCAGGAAGUGGGUUCUCAGGGCCCGAUGGAGCCUGAUAUCCUCAUCGACUUUGCCCGGGCCUAUCACCAGGACAGUUACCCCUUCGACGGGCAGGGGGGCACCCUUGCCCAUGCCUUCUUCCCUGGGGAGCACUCCAUCUCUGGGGACACUCACUUUGAUGAUGAGGAGACCUGGACUUUUGGGUCAAAAGAUGGCGAAGGGACGGACCUGUUUGCUGUGGCUGUUCAUGAGUUUGGCCACGCCUUGGGCCUGGGCCACUCCUCAGCGCCCAACUCCAUCAUGAGACCCUUUUACCAGGGCCCGGUGGGCAACCCCACCGAGUACCGCCUGUCCCAGGACGACCUCGAAGGCCUGCAACAGCUCUACGGGAAAGCACCCCAAACCCCACUUGACAAGCCCACAAGGAAACCCCUGGCUCCUCCUCCCCCGCCCCCUGCCCUGCCCCCGGACAGCCCCUCCCAACCCGUUCCUGAUCGAUGUGAUGGCCAUUUUGACGCCAUCGCCAACAUCCGAGGCGAAACUUUCUUCUUCAAAGGCCCGUGGUUCUGGCGCCUCCAGCCCUCGGGACAGCUGGUGUCCCCCCGGCCCGCGCGGCUCCACCGCUUCUGGGAGGGGCUGCCGGCCCAAGUGAAGGUCAUCCAGGCCGCCUAUGCCCGGCAUCCGGACGGCCGGAUCCUUCUCUUCAGCGGUCAGCAGUUCUGGGUGUUCCAGGACCGGCGGCUGGAGGGCGCCGCGCGGCCGCUCACGGAGCUGGGGCUGCCCCCGGGAGAGGAGGUGGACGCCGUGUUUUCUUGGCCGCUGAACGGGAAGACCUACCUGAUCCGGGGCAGGCGGUACUGGCGGUACGACGAGGCGGCAGCGCGCCCGGACCCCGGCUACCCGCGCGACCUGAGCCUCUGGGAGGGGGCACCGCACGCCCCCGACGACGUCACCGUCAGCAACACAGGUGACACCUACUUCUUCAAGGGCGCCCACUACUGGCGCUUCCCCAAGGGCAGCGUCAAAGCCGAGCAGGACUCCCCCCAACCAAUGGGCCCUAAGUUUCUGGACUGCUCCGCCCCCAGACCCCCCAAAGCGACCCUUAAGCCAGGAGCCUGCGACUGUCAGUGCGAGAUCAGUCAGGCGGCAGGGCGGCCGUCCGUGCCCCACCUGCUGCCCCUUCUGCCUCUGCUGGUGGGGGGCUCCGCCUUCCGCUGA